AUGCCAUCAUUCAAGGGAACACACGGCCAUAGCGAUUCCUUUCGUUGGCAGUCUCAUGCCGCCGAGGUAGACGAACACAAUAGACUAGAAGAUGUCCUCUCGCUGCUGUUUCCUUCUACAGUCCGUGUGCAGCACUCACAUCCAAUUUUCGGUCACAUGCACCCAUUGCGGCUUCUGAUGCUGUCAAAUGGGGCUCAUUUGUUGCUAAAGGGGUCCCCAUCAUCACGGACCGCUCUGCUUCGACGUGAGCGAUCGUUUCUCGAGACCGAAGCCCAGUUUCUUUCUCUUCUAGGGCAGUCUGCAAACCCUUGUAUACCGCAGCUCUAUCAUUAUGAUCCUCAUAGAAGAGUCUGGGGAUCUGCCUACUUGGUCCGACAGUAUAUGAAAGGGAAGAGUCUAUCAGAGAUGGAAGGCGAGCUCACCUCACAGCAACUAGACGAUAUCGACCGGCACUUGGGCUUCUUGGUGAGCACCAUCGGUCAACAUGCAGCCCCUGGGUUUGGGUCGUUGCAGCAAGUGGCAUUUGGCGCUGGAAGACCCUCCUGGCGAGAGGCCUUCUGUUCCCUGGUCGAAGGCGUUCUCCGCGACGCCGAGGACAUGUUCAUCCACCUUCCUUACUCGGAGAUCCGACAGGAGCUGAGUCGCUUAGCGCCUGCUCUUGAAGAUGUAUCGCUGCCACGUCUUGUGGUCGUGGACCUUGGUCGACCCUCCCACGUUUUGGUAGACGAAGAGUCUGGACAGUUGUCCGGCAUUGUGGACUUCAGCAGUGCCAUGUGGGGUGAUGUUUUGAUGGCAGAGAUAUUCGCGGAUGCAUCCCCGGCGGUCUUUGAGGGAGCAGGGAUGGCGGUGUCCAGGACAAUGGAGGAAAAUAUCCGGCUGGCUUUGUAUGCGUGCUACCGGCUGGUGUCCCAAAUCACUGUGCAAUAUUAUCGAACCCGAGAUGAGACGAGCGAAUUUGAUGCGCGGAGACGAUUGACAACCACGAUUGCGGAAAUGACGGGACUUGAGCUGGCAUAA